AAUACCUAUGUAUAUAGUAAAAUUAGUAGUCUUGGAAUACUUAUAAAAUACAAUAACAAAUUAGAAUAUAAAAAUAAUUAUAAACAAAUACUGAUUACUUUCAAUUAGUAUACGUUUAUUAACGAUUGCGAUUCACAUUACUACUGUAAAUUGCAUUAAAACGGGAGAGUAAGUGAAGAUAAUAUGUAACGUCUAAAAUGUUUUUACUUGCGAUUUAUUUAAGUUAUCAUUGUGCGAACAAAACUAAGCUUCCGCGUGUAAAAAUGUUUUAUGCUGCUAUAUUACGCUUCAUUCGGAGGCCCUUGGUGCUUGGAAUCAUAUUUGCUUCAUCAUUAACUUACUGUAUUGUGAGUUUUCUCAAAGAGGGUAACAACAAAAAUAUGAUAUAUCAAGACGUCUCAGUUCAACAUAAGCCAUUUGUUUGGCGUACUCUACAAGAGCAUAAUGAAACAACUGAUGUGGAAUGUAGAAAUUCUGUCCAAGGCCGGGCAUUAAUUGUUGAUGAUAGAGGAUAUGUUUGCCGAAGAAAUGAUAUAGGGCAAAAUGGUUGCUGUGUGAUUGACACAGAUGAAACUACACGAUAUAGUUGUCAAUCUUGUAACGAGGAUCACUGCUGUAUCAUUUAUGAAUACUGUGUUGCAUGUUGUCUAGAUCCUAAAAAGCGUAACAUGCUUCAAGUUGUGUUAUCUAAAUUAACUGCAGAGGAGCAUGUUCUGGUGCAUUCCCUUGCUGACGAUUACGAGCUGUGUCUCACAAAAUGUAGGACAAGCUCUCAUAGUGUAUUGCAUGAGAAUUCAUAUAAAAACCCAGGUCACAAGCAUUGCUUUGCCGAUAAUCAAAUGGUAUCAAAAGAUUCCUAGCAGAGAUAUUAUCAUAGAAUACAAUGGACUCAAGAAUAGCAUCUAUUAAUUAUGAGGUGUUACAAGUUAGUAAUGUGAAUUAAAGCAUUGUUAAUGAGUGUAUUUGGAACCAUAGAGUAACUGGUAACUUGUUGGAACUUUUAUUGAACUCUAUAAACAUGUCUGUGCUUUAUUUUAUAAUGUGCACUUGCAAAUGAAAAGAACAAAGCAUAAAAUAAAUGUGAUAUAAAAUAUGUAAUGUGGUGUUAGAAAAAAUGUAUGAAAAACAACUGAGGGUGUUAGGUGAGUGACUUAUCUAUAUUUAAAAUGGCCUCAUAUCAAACAUAAUAUAUGUAAUAAUUAAACACUCAAUUUAUAAAGAUACAUAUAUUUACGUAAUUAAAGUAAUCAAUUAAUAUUAUAAUAAGAUAUGUUAUAUGUGUAUAUGUACCUUUCUAAAGGUAUAUGGGCUAGUUAGCUUGAAACAUUUCACAUGUUAUUUUAUUAGUUACCUUAUUUGCUUUAAACUGAAACAUUUUAGCUUAAGCACUCUUUCGUCUCUUUCUGUCAAAUUGUGAUGAAAAUAAAAACAUGAGUAUCUUAUUAAAACGGUGCCAUUGCACUAUUUUUUUUUUAGUAAGAGGUUACUCUCUCGUUUUUUAUUUCAAAACUGUUAAACUAUCCCCAUUUGCUAAGGAUAUGUAUUCGAAUUGGCAACCUGACAUCCUGGGGUGGGAACAUAUACCUAUGAGUAUACACAUUAUAUAAAUAAAUAUUUUGUUUCCAUAUUAUUUCAAGCUCAAAUAAGCUCAUUGAUCAGACUAGUCGUUUUAAAAUCUGUUAAUCUAAACCCUGACUAGUAUCAGACCGAAAAUCGCUAUAUCUAAAUGAUAUAUGUAUAGUUAAAAUAUAUGUCAAAAUCUAUGCAACAUUCUAGUAAAAUCAGGUUUUCUUUCAAAACACGUUCUUCGUGAUUGCUAUAGAGAUGUCCAAAUUAAUGGUAAAUAGAUGCAAAUAAAAUACAACCUAUACCGUUUUGUUGUCUUUAAUUAUAACAAUUGUUUUAAUGUAAAAGACUGUUAAUACUCCAGUUAUUCUCGUAUUUAAUAUACAUUGAAUGUAAGGAAUAUAAAAAAAUACACUUCGAAAUGUUAACAUCCUUUGGGAUUUUUGAAAUCAGUUAAAAGUACACUUGAUGAAUGUAUUACUACCGCUAUCAUAAUUACAUAUAAUUUUGAAUUUAAAUUUAAUCCGACCUUUCCCUUAAUAUAUAUACAUAUAUCAACUAAUCGCCACAGUAGUAUUUAGGCCAAUCAUAAUACAAUUUAGAAUUGUAGACUUAUUUACACAAACCAACCAAAUCCAUAUAAAUGGUUGGAAAUAACCGGAAAUUCACUCAGAAAUAGAAUAAUAACUUUUUAUUGCGGUCAUGAAUGUUAGUGAUUAGAAUUUGACACCGACCUCUUCAAGAGAGAUCACUACGCAGUAUUUUUUUCUUUAAACUUCACUGCUCUAUUUGUUAAAUUAUGUCAAGAUAUAUCGCUUAUUACGCAUAUUUUAAUGAGUUAAUAAAUAAUUAUUUAUAUAAACUUAAAAUAAAUUUUAAAUAGAAAAUAAAAUAUUUCCUAAUGAGUUGUAUUACGAUUAACUCCAAAAAAAUUUCAAUGUAAAUUCAUAGAAAUUUUAUUGUGAACGUAGAACUACGUCGAAUGUUGUUAUAUUUACAAGGCCACCGAAAUGGCCCUAAUUUAUAAAAUUCCCAAAGUUUUACAUUUUCGUAUUCGAUAGAUAUUUAAAACAAUACGUUUUUAUAAUAGAACUGUGAUCUUAAGUAGUUUAAGUAAAUACUAAAAUAAAAUAAAUUAUAUAAUGUUACUUAAAUAAAUUUAUUUUCUUAAAAA